ACAAUGAUACACACAUAAAGUGUUACUGAAUACUUGUAAUUUGUACUUCGUAUUUACUUACAAACAAAACACAAUUUAAGUUGACAUAAAAGUGUCAAAAAUUGACCUGACCUUACUAAAUUCGACCCAGAAAACUCUAUUCGUUGCCUAACUCAAAACUUGACCCAACUCAUCUACACAUAAUCAAACUCGACUCAAUAACAACCCAAAUUGACACCUCUACUUUUUUCAGUAGAGCUAGGCAUAGCUCGUAGCUGAGAAUCCUGCGAUACUUAGAGAGACGGAAAGAGAAAGAGCAAAAGGGGUAAAAAUGGCAUUGACAAACUUCAUAUUGACGGUGGCUGGAGUAAGCGCCGCCAUACUCAUCCUCCGCAGCGACGUCAGGAACUCCUCCGCCAUCUUCCGCCGCAACAUCCGCCAGAUUCGUAAUUGGAUUGAAGAAGAAUCUCUCUCCUCUUCCUCCAAGGCAGCAGAGAAAGUUAAACCCAAGCAAGUUGAUGGACAAGUUCAUCCGAAGGACACUCCUAAAGACAAUUAACACUACAAAGCUGCCUGUGGGAAGAAUGCAGAUCUCCAGAGGUUUUUUCUGGUAGUUGACCUGUACAGGCUAUCACAGUUCCAGUUAAUGUAUGCUCGUAUAUACCUGUAUCUGCAUUGUUUCUUAUAGCACGCUGAGAAUUUUGAUAUUAUAAAACGUGCUACAAGUUUGAGAAACUUAAAAUCCUGCUGCUUAUUCCAGCAGUACUGUUAGGUUGGUGCUCAUCUGAAGAGUGGAAAGCUUUAGUUGGUCAUUGUUUUGGUAAUAACUAAUAAGAGCCAAGAUAUGUGCAAGUUGGAUUGUGUUCUUUUUUCUUAAUGAAGAUUGAAGAAUUAACCAAUGCUCAUUUUAUUGAUUAUGCAUUUUGACAAGGUAGGAGAUUAACAGUCCAGGUUAUGUAGCUCCCAUUCUGCUUGAUUCUCGAACUAUCUAGUCUAGAUUUUAGAUUUAUACGGUUAUACCUCCUGCGAUUUGGCUUUAAUUGUCAGCUGUACAUCCUAUAAUAAUUGUAAUCUUGAUGUGUAAUCAAAUACAUAAUUCAGGGACUGUCCUGUUGUUGCUA